GGGGCGGGCAUGGGUGGAGCGGGGCCGGCGGGAUCCCGGCGCUGAUUGGUCGGCGUGGCCCGCCAGGCCGGUGGCAGUCGGUAGCCAGGCGCCGCCGCUUGGGCUGAGAUGUGAGGGGCUGCGGGCUCCGGGCGGUGGCGGCUGCGGCGAAGACUCCGGGCAGUGGAGACUGCUGCGGGAGCGGCGCAGGCGGGCGGACGAGGUCAGCUGGCGCCCUCGGCGGCGGGCCCUGUCGGCCGCGGAAUGAGGAAGCGGACCGAGCCCGUCGCCUUGGAGCAUGAGCGCUGCGUCGCCUCGGGCUCAUCCUCCUCAGGCUCGGCCGCUGCGGCGCUGGACGCCGACUGCCGCCUGAAGCAGAACCUACGUCUGGCGGGCAAGGGGCCGGCCGAGCAACGUUGCGCGGCAGACGCGGGCAUGAAGCGGGCUCUGGGCAGACGAAAGGGCGUGUGGCUCCGACUGAGGAAGAUACUUCUCUGUGUUUUGGGGUUGUACGUUGCCAUUCCAUUUCUCGUCAAACUAUGUCCUGGGAUACAGGCCAAACUGAUUUUCUUGAAUUUUGUGAGGGUUCCCUAUUUCAUAGACUUGAAGAAGCCUCAGGAUCAAGGUUUGAAUCACACCUGUAAUUAUUACCUCCAGCCAGAGGAAGACGUGACAAUAGGUGUCUGGCACACUGUCCCAGCUGUCUGGUGGAAGAAUGCCCAAGGAAAGGACCAGAUGUGGUAUGAGGAUGCCUUGGCUUCUAACUACCCUAUCAUUCUGUACCUGCAUGGAAACGCAGGCACCAGGGGAGGGGACCACCGUGUGGAGCUGUAUAAGGUGCUGAGUUCCCUUGGUUACCAUGUCGUCACCUUUGAUUACAGAGGUUGGGGUGACUCAGCAGGAACACCAUCCGAGCGGGGCAUGACAUAUGACGCACUCCACGUUUUUGACUGGAUCAAAGCAAGAAGUGGUGACAACCCCGUGUACAUUUGGGGACACUCCCUGGGCACCGGAGUUGCAACAAAUUUGGUGCGGCGCCUUUGUGAGCGAGAGACACCACCAGAUGCCCUAAUACUGGAAUCUCCAUUCACCAAUAUCCGUGAAGAAGCAAAAAGCCAUCCGUUUUCAGUGAUAUAUCGAUACUUCCCUGGAUUUGACUGGUUUUUCCUCGAUCCUAUUACAAGCAGUGGAAUUAAAUUUGCCAAUGAUGAGAAUGUGAAGCACAUCUCCUGCUCCCUGCUCAUUCUGCAUGCAGAGGAUGACCCGGUCGUGCCCUUCCAGCUCGGCAGAAAGCUGUACAAUAUCGCCGCACCAUCUCGAAGCUUCCGGGAUUUCAAAGUUCAGUUCAUCCCCUUUCAUUCGGACCUUGGCUACAGGCACAAGUACAUCUAUAAGAGCCCCGAGCUUCCACGGAUACUGAGGGAGUUCCUGGGGAGAUCGAAGCAGGAACAUCACCACUGAGGAUUGGCUUCAUAAAGGAAACAUGGAGACCUCUGCCUCCACUACCUGGCCAGCUGGCACCCUGGGCCCUGGCAUGCCAGCAUCAGCAUUGCUCAGGAACCUGGCAUCUGGACACCCGAGGAAGCCCAAGCUGGCACCGGAGGUGUGGGCCUCCAUGGAUGAUGCACUGGGGCGGGCACGCGGCCCCUCCCGCUUGCUGCCACUCAACUUGAGCCAUUGUUGGGAAGGAUUAGUGACAGGAGCGGGCAGCUGCCGCCACUGAUCCCCCACUGAUCCCCCACUGAUCCGUGUGGCCGAUCCCACGAUCCUGAGCAGGCAUGGAACCUGGACGGGGGCGCAGGGUCUCAGGACUGGGUGUGGGGUCUCCGGGUCCCUGCCUGAGCUUUCCCGCCCCUUCCCACCCACGCAGAUGGACUCUGAGUGGUCAGCGCCCACCCUCUCCUGCUCAGCACACCCUGCUUGCCUCCUUGGCUGUCACCCCACCCCUCCGCCCCAUGGCCCUGCUCACCCACCAGACUGAGGGUCAGGGUGGUAACCUGUACUUCUGCAUUCCUCCCAGCUGUCCGUCUAACCUGGGCUUAGACUGAGCAUUUAUUUAAGAAUAAACUUGUGGUGGUGGUCUUUCUUCUUCUCUGUGAAGCGAGACGAGCUAGCGAUGUCUCCUGCCCCUCAGUGCCCUGGGGGGAGGCGGCAUUGGCAGUGGCAGCUCGUGGAGGCAUUGAGAGAGGGGCUUGUUCUCGUCCCCACUCCUCCACAAGACCCCAAGGUCCCACAGAGAAGGAUGCUGUCUGAGGGUGGGCUAUGGCUCUUCCCAGCUGACAGGUGGCACUUUUCUAAUCCAGGCCUAAGUGAGGUGCGCUUUUUACCUUUGAACUUAGAAAAACCACCCCUCACACCUGAACGUCGGCCGUAUGGUUAAGCGCAGUCUACCUACAGACAUGCAUAUGACGAGUCCCUGGCCACUGAAGAAAGAAUGUGCCGCUGGAGUGGGAGGAACUGUUUACCCAGUUCAGAUUUCAUGAAAUACAUUUAUUUCCUCACUGGUGGUGUCUCGUUUGGCUUUUUGUAAAACCCACACUGCAUGCACUGCUGCUGCUUUCGUCCAGCAC